AUGAGCUUCGAUGAAAAGUUUCACAUAAUGAAAAAAAGGUCAGCAAUGAUAUCCAGGAAAAGGAAGACGAUCACCGGUCGUCAGGUAUCUGGGAAUGUUCCAAUUAGCAUCAAGCCUACUAAAUCUAGAAGGAUUAUCAGAAGAUUCCAUUUAUUAAUCAAUAAAAGACGUAUUCUAUGCAACAAACUAGGCAUAUCACUGGUGGAUAAUGACGAAGACGCUAAUAAGAAAACCAUUGACGAUUCUCUUAAUCCCAAAAUGAAACGGCAGUACGAAAUAGGCACCUCAAGGGAUGAUAUGGAACCACAACUGCUCAAAGCGCAAAGUCUGCAAUCUGAACAAGAACUUGUCCAAUGCCUUGGAUACAUUAUGAAUCAGAUUCAUAGUCGUGGUGGGCUCAGGGAUUACCAAUUGGCAAGCCGUGUGGGACAGACAAAUAACAGGGGUGGCGACUCCUCUAAAAUACUAGUACAAUGGCUACAAGAAUUAGGUCACAGAAGCGAUGGUUCUCUUAGCGCCUUAGAAAUUGGUUCUUUGAGUACUGAAAAUCGAAUAAGUACUUGUGGACUUUUCGAACCUGUAAUACGAAUAGACCUAGAAAGUUCACAACCAGGCAUUCAAAAACAAGAUUUCAUGCAAAGACCGCUGCCUAAGGACGAAGGUGAAAAGUUCGAUUUUGUAUCCUGUUCACUGGUGUUAAAUUUCGUCCCGACACCGAUACAAAGAGGACAGAUGUGCAUGAGAUUCGAACAUUUUCUCAGAGAAAAUGGCUAUCUGUUCGUCGUGUUACCGCUACCGUGUAUUAACCAUUCGAGGUACAUGAGCAAGAACCAUUUUACGCAAUUAAUGGAAUUCUUGGGUUAUUCAAUGGUGAAAUACCACGAAUCCAAAAAAUUGUGCUACAUGUUAUUACGUCGUACUAGUUCGAAGAAUCAGGAAGGCUACGACAAAUUCACCAAGAAGCACAAAUUUCACGAUAAACCAGGUUUUAACAAUUUUUGUAUUAUGCUAUAG